AUGAUGGGAUCAGGCUUAGGUAUGGGAGGUAGCAUGACUACAUCCUGGCCUAUGUCCGCAACAAUGAUGCCUACUGGCUCUAGGACUGGAUCGAUGAGUGCUUCUGCGACCGCUUCACCAAGCCAGACACCGUUCAACGCUGCCUCGUCGAGCAAGGGAGACCUGUUUGGUGUUUUGGGUGCGGCUUUCAUUGCCGUGGCUGCGCUUUUCUAG